AUGGAAAUUAAAGUUCGUAAGCCUUUUUGCCUUAGCUUUAAAGGAGUGCCUACACCUUUGAAGUUGCUUUGUGACAAUGUUUCUGGUUCCCUCGUGCUUUCCAAGUCUCUUAAUAAGCUAAUCAGUUUGGUACGAACUAAAGUGGAUGAAGCACUCCUCAACACCAUGAUCCGGUUUUAUGAUCCUCUACUACAUUGCUUCACUUAUAGGGAUUUUCAGUUGGUUCCUACAUUGGAAGAAUUCUCUUCUAUUUUAAGGUUGCCGGUACUUGAUCAGAUGCCCUACACUGGUGAAGAAGAGACUCCUAAGUUGGAAGAUGUUGCUGCUGCAUUGCAUUUGCCUCAAUCAGAAAUCAAGAAAGUUUGGGUGAAUAAAGGAGAAUAUACUGGUUUACCGAUUGACUUCUUGUAUAAUCAAGCUGACAUUUUGAUUAAUGCUACAAGUAUGGAUGCUCUUGAAAAAGUUCUUGCUUGCAUAAUCUAUGGACAAGUGUUGUUCCCUCGCUAUGAUAAAAUUGUGGAUGUGAUUGCUCUCAAGAUCUUCAUUAGUAACAAUCUGGUUCCUACUUUAUUGGGUGACUUGUUGCAUUCCAUCCAUCAUCGAUCAUCUAAAGGCAAAGGUUGGACUUGGGCUCAAAGAAUCAUCAAGCUUUCCUACGACGAUGUUAUUUGGAGUCAAAAGGGGUUUGAAGGAUCUCACUUGUUCGAUAGUUGUGGGGAUUUCCCUAAUGUACCUCUUCUUGGUACUCGAGGGGGAAUAACCUAUAAUCCUAUUCUGGCUCGACAUCAAUUUGGUUUCGCUCUAAAAGACAAGCCUCGUUCCAUAUAUCUUAGUGCAGAAAAUUUUGAUUAUGGUGCGGACCCUACUGGAAAAAAGAAAUUGUUCAUCAAAGCUUGGACCAAGGUGAAGAAAAUAGGAGUAAGAGAAUUAGGAAUGAAGAAUCACAUCCCUUCAGAUCUUUAUUUUAAAUGGGUUUAUGAUCGAGUGGUUGAGUAUGGCAUACCAUAUCCAUCCGAUACUCCUAUAGUUCCAAGGAUUACUCCUCCUGUUGUUCAUGUGGAAGUAGAACCAUAUGUACCCGCUCCUAAUGAAGACCUUGCUGCCACCAUUGCUUGCCUAAGACAAGAAAAAGCUGACUUGGAAAAACGCCUACGUGAAGUGGAGGAAGAAAAAGCAAUAAUGGCGGCCAAUGCCAAAGAGCGCGAUAAGUAUUUUAAUGUAAUUCUAAAAAAGAUAUAA